ACAAAAAAGACUUCAAAGGCCCCUUCGGCAAAACAAAUCCGCAACCGUACGUACUUCCAGUUCGCGUAUGUGUAUGUAUGUAUGUGUGUGCGUGUGUGUGUGCAUAGUCUUACGUCUUUUGCGAGCUCCGACAUAUUCUCGGCCGCGGUGGGAUAUCAUGGACCCGGAGCCGCGCACGCCGAAGACAAGCGUGAUUCCAAGAGCAUGUCACAACUGUCGGAUCCGCAAGACAAGGUGUAACCGAGAGUUUCCCUGUUCCAACUGCAUCACUUCAAAGAUACCCUGCCGUCCAGCAGGGAGGUCCGUCGCACAAUCCCAGCGGCAGAGCGUGGACAGAACCGACAGUCAAGCGGGCCCAACCAUCCAGCAAUUGCACGAGAGACUAAAAGCCGUCGAGGAAGCUCUCCGAAACCAAGGCGAGCAGCAAACCAUUAGGACGACGACGACGCCAUCUUCCACGCCAAAUACCUUACCGGCACUCGAGGAUGAUUCGACAUUACAUCAGUUCGUAUGGGAUGACCUACCAGUCUCCUACGAAGGGAGUUUGUCGUUUAACCAACAAACCCUACUCGCAAAUCAGAUAGAGGAGCUCAAAGUCGAAGACGCCCAGACGCCUGGCGUCGUCGAAGAGCUAGCCGCUUUGCGGGGAAUAUAUCAGAGACACGACGAAUGGUCAGACAAAAGGCCGAAAAGGAAGACUCGCCGGCCGAACGCCUGCCCCCAAUCUUUAUUGCAACUACCACCGUCCGACUUUGUGAUCCGCCUUCUUCGAACUGUGACAGAGCACUCAGUCCUGUUCAUAUUUUACGCUGUCGAAAACCGCAAGCAAGUGGAGGAUCUUUGCCGGAGAGUCUAUUUCUCGGUCGAGCCAGUGACGAUUGGGGAAAUCACUCUCCUUCACGGGUGCCUCUCAGUCCUCUUGAAAGACAUCGAUUUCGAGGCGCGCCCCGAGUUCAACCGCGAAGAAACGGAUCGAUACUACAAGCUAUGCGACUCCAACUUCAAGGCGGGCGUUGAGACGUACGAGGUGAUGGCGAUGCCAACGUUCGAGCACACGCUCAUAUUGUUUAUCGCGGCUUUGAGAGCUCAGCAAGAUGAGGAUUUGCCGCUGCAGUGGGGCGUCGUGUCGGCGGCCGCGAGACAUGUGCUCGCGUUGGGGUACAACCGGAAAGCAAGGCUGGACGCGAUGCCGCCGCACGAAUCCCCCAGGGCCCGCCGGAUCUUUUGGCACAUCUACUUCGUUGACCGCGGCUUCACGCUGUCCCAGGGCAAGGCGCCCAUCAUCCAGGACAUGGACGUCGAUGUCGAUCCGCUCGAGAUCUCCCAGCGGCCACAUAGACGGCCGUGGGAUUUGAUGUUCAGCGCCUUCAUCGAGCUCAGCAACCUCCACGAAACAUCUCUCCGGCUUGGCACGGGCUGUUAGUGUCAUGCUAAGGAGGGGCCCCAGUUCCCGCGGUUUGCCGCCGCGCGCUGGGGCAGAUUAGCUAUACGCUAAUCAAACCCUUAACAACGCACAUUUUCCCCUCGAUUCGAGCCGACGAUUAUUCAACCUAACGAGCCGCCGCCGACUUGACAUCGCCUUCCGCAGGCUAGAUGAAGUCUUCCUGGUAGGGCAGGAAGCAGAGGUUCCAUCUAGCCUCCCGAAGGAGCCGGGCGAACUUCAUUCCCGGCGCAAGCGGCACUUCCGGGCCCAAAUUGAACACCACCGAUCGACUUUUCGACUUCGCUCCCUCAACACCUUUUCCCCUCAAACGAUCGAAGACCCCCUCGAAAAGACAAACAGACACUAGGGUUGCUGUGUAUAGCCACGGUAAUACACGGCUGUGCUUGUUACAGAGCCUAACAGCAAACCCUACAACCUAUCCUCACGAGGUUUCGCCCCUUGUGGUUUCCCUCGUGGCGGUAUAACCUAUCACGAUAUGCUUCGGACGGCUACUGGGACGUUGUGUAAACCAGCAGCCUGCGGGCUCUGGGUCGAAGGAGAGGAAAUACCGGCGGAAUCGCGGUUUAGGGACGACCAGAGCACUGUCUCGGGCAAGCCAGCGGCACCCAGAGACAGCUCGAACACAUAGUUGCCUCUAGGCACGACUUGGAGGACGAUUUGGACUGUAUCUAGUGGUAGUUAUAGGCCUACGGCUCUCCACGCCACAUACCCUUCGGGAGGUCUGCCGCAAGGGCGGUUGCGCUCUUGCCGCCAUGGCGUAAAAUACAACAACAACAACAUUCAUCGAGCUCAGCAGGAUACAGUUGA